UCAGCAUUGAGUACAAUCUCUCGAUAUUAUCUACCAUUAAAAAAAAAACAAUUUCUAUUGAUUUUAGUGUAGUCAAAUAGUUAAUGUUAGUAAACCAUGGGAAAAAACAUGCUUAGGACGAUUUUGUUUAUGCUGUUAGUUAUUAAAUCUCUUGUUGCUGGAGAUGAUCUCAUAGUGAAAAUUUCAAAUGGAAAAGUCAAAGGGGAGCUUAUGACGACACCAAACAACAAGACUUUUUAUGCCUUCAGGGGGAUUCCUUAUGCUAAACCACCAUUAGGUGAACUUAGAUUUCAGCCACCUCAAAAACCAGACAACUGGGAAGGCGUAUUGGACAGUGAUGCCAAAGACAGGAUGUGUAUACAACUAACCUCCAAUUUGCAACCGAACGAAAGCGAGGAUUGCCUAUAUAUCCACGUAUACACACCUCAGAUACCAAAAGAAGGACGUAAUGUUUCACUACCAGUUAUGUACGUCAUUCAUGGUGGCGGUUUUGAAACUGGUUCUCCAUCAGAAAUUGGUCCUCAAUAUUUGAUGGAUUAUGAUAUGGUCAUUGUUUAUGUUGGAUACAGAUUAUGCUUUUUAGGCUUCCUGUCCACUGAAGAUCUAAACUGUCCUGGUAACAAUGGCCUAAAAGAUCAACAGUUGGGUCUCAAGUGGGUCCAAAGGAAUAUCCAAAGUUUCGGUGGAGAUCCUAAAAGAGUCACCAUUUACGGAGAAAGUGCUGGGGCUGCAAGUGUUUCCUUCCACUUGUUGGCACCAAAUUCCAAAAAUCUCUUCAUUGGAGCUAUACAAGAUAGCGGAUCUUCUCUGGCAAAUUGGGCCAUCCAAACGAAACCGACAAAAAUUGCUUAUGACUUCGCUAAUCGUAUAAAUUCAACAAUCAAUGAAAAUAAUACUUCAACUUUGGAACUGUUGAAAUUCUUCAGAACCUUAGAUGUUCAACAGAUUAAGAAGACGUCUGUGGAACUGUUCAAAGAGGGUUUUAUUGAAAGCUACAACAAAUUAAUUUUGGGAUUUGGGUUUUCUGGUGCUGUAGAACCUGAACAUGACAACGCUUUCUUGGCCAAAUCUCCUUACCAGAGCUUUCUCUCCGGCGAUUUCUAUAAGGUUCCUACAUUGAUUGGUGUUAAUUCGGAAGAGAGCUUGUUUCUAGCUGUUGAUCCAAAUUUAGAGAAAAGGAUGAUGUACUUCGACAAUAAUACGGAAUGGUACCUUUCGCGUAAUAUAGAUGUUGGCAACUUGACGACCAGAAAACUGGUAGGGAAGAAGAUAAGGGAUAUAUAUGAUCCCUCUGCUCCUUUACACCAAAAUGAAGCGCUUUCUAUCAAGUAUUUUAGUGAUACAUCCUUCAUCAGACCCACUCUUAAACAAGCCCAACUGCAAUCUUACCACACAGAUGUUUACUUCUAUGAAUUGGCGUAUUAUGGAGAUAUAGCGAUAGCUCCGAUUCCUGAUGUACCAGGAGCUGGAAAAGUCUCACAUGCUCAAGACUUGAUGUAUCUUUUCGCCAGGUUUGGCGUUACUAAUGUCACUUCAGAAGGGGAUAAAACCACCAUGAAGCGAAUGCUAACGAUGUGGACAAAUUUCGUGAAAUACCAGAACCCAACUCCUAAGCCACUUCAGUUAUUGCAAAACACAACUUGGUCUAAGAUAGAAUCAUUGGGUAUGAUGCCUUAUUUAUUGAUUAACGAUACAUUGAAGGUGGAACACAACUACAAAAAGAAGAUGAUGGACGAAUACCAACAGAUAUUUGACUACUACGCUCAACCACCUUUAACAACUUAUUGAAUCAUUUCAAAUAUUAAUGAUGAACAAAAUAGAAAAUAAGAAGAAAUAAAUUUCUCUGCUAAUAA